AUGGACCCGAGUUACAAAGCUCGCAAGGAGGCCUUCGUGUCGAACCUCUCCGGUAGUGACAUCUGGGAUAUUAACGCGGUGUCAUUCGUCGCGCCUGCAUCUGUUCUUCUCUGGUCUGCCCUUCAGUCCCGACUAUCCUUCUUCACGCCCUACAGCCCAGCCGGACUCUUGACGGACUUCAUUCUUAAUGUCCUGGCUAUCUUAUUUGCGACUACGGCAUACUCUUCCGCCCCGGUACUCCUUAACAUCUUCCUUAUCUCACCGGCCGUACUUCUUUUCCUUACUCAACACCGCCUACGCUCUCCUCAGAAGGCCAAGCCUCCCCGCAAAUCCAAGGCCAAAGCCAAAAAUGUCGAUUCGACGGAGGCAGAAUCUCUCCCCGUCCACCCCUUCUUGACUACAUAUCGUGCUGCAAUGAUGGUUAUCACCUGCGUGGCUAUCCUGGCUGUUGAUUUCCGUGUGUUUCCGCGUCGGUUUGGAAAGGUUGAGAACUGGGGGACAUCGCUGAUGGACUUGGGAGUGGGUUCGUUUGUGUUCUCCGCGGGCGUGGUGUCUGCGCGCGCGGUUUUGAAAACUCGCGCUUCUAAAUCUCCCAAAAAGGCCUUCUUGACCAGACUCGUUGAUUCCGUUCGGCAUUCGGUUCCUCUGCUUGUUUUGGGUCUGAUUCGUCUCUGGAGCGUCAAGGGACUGGAUUAUGCGGAGCAUGUCACGGAAUACGGAGUCCAUUGGAACUUUUUCUUCACGCUCGGUCUUUUGCCUCCAUUCGUGGAGAUCUUUGACACAUUGACCGCAUUGAUUCCGUCUUAUGAGGCUCUAACCAUGUUGAUCAUGAUUUUGUACCAGGUCGCUCUCGAGUCGACCGAGCUGAAGAGCUAUAUUUUGAUCUCCCCUCGAGGACCAGACCUGUUCUCCAAGAACCGCGAAGGUAUAUUCUCGUUUUUAGGAUAUCUGGCGAUAUUUUUGGCAGGCCGAGGUGUAGGAACCCGUAUCAUUCCCCGGGGAACCUCGCCAACCAAGUCGGCGCAACAAGCACGGAAAUCCGUGUUGAUGAGCCUUGGCCUUCAGGCGGCCUUCUGGUCGACCAUGUUCUUCUUCAACGCCACCUAUGCAUUUGGAUACGGUGCGAAUAUCUUGGUGUCGCGUCGUCUCGCCAACAUGCCGUACGUGCUCUGGGUUGCUGCCUUCAACAGUGCUCAGCUCCUAUUGUUCUGUCUGAUCGAGACUGUGUUCUUCCCGACCGUCCAUCGGGCGAGCGGUAAAGAAGCCGAGGAGGAGCAGUCCUUUGCAACAAGCCGCAUCUUGCAUGCCUUCAACCGCGGAGGACUGGCAAUUUUCCUUGUUGCCAAUCUUCUAACAGGUGCAGUGAAUCUUAGUGUGCCGACCUUGGAUGUUGACGCCCCGCUAGCCAUGGUUAUUCUCGUUGGCUACGCAGCAAUCCUGACCGGCCUUGCCCUGGCAAUGGACAAGUUUAAUAUCAAGCUGCGGCUGUAG